UAAUUUUUGGCUUUGGGUCCUAUUGGAGCUACUUUUAUUUCACUUUAAAAAAAAGUAAGUUAAUGUCUGUAACUCAAUUGAUAUUUUGAAUUUAUUUCUCUUGACUAGUAUUUGAUAUUUUGUACUCAAGUAAAUUGUUAUACAUGUAUAAAUUAUAAUAAUUUGUUAGUUUUUUCAUUAACACCACACUUUAAAUUAUAUUUUCAGUCUUUUUUUUACUGACACUGUAAUUUGGUAGACGUGUAAAAAUGCCAGCACGACCUCAGCUAAUGGUAUUAUAUACAAAUGAUGCUGUUGAAGUAAGAUACAAGGAUGGUUCGAGGCUCAAUAUACUACCCUGUGGAAGUGCUUUUACAUACUGUAAACCACAUGAAGAUUCACACCCUGCAAAUGGAAUGGCAAUGGUACAACAGAGAUGUUGUUAUGUUACAAGUGCAUACAAAGAUAUGGUGUUAUCUGCCCUUGAUUUUAGAAACCGAUUUGCAGAACAGCCUUAUAUUUGUGAGGAACUUCUAGAGCCAGAUAAAGUUUGGCCGCUGUUUGCCAGAAUAAAAGAGAUCGCUUGGCCUAAAACAGCCAACGGAGAUAAUAUCGAGAUCCUCCAGGAUGGAAGUGUUUGCAUCACAUCUGAGGAUGAAUUUGCUAGCCUCAUUCUCUCUGCCCAUAGGAGAGAUUUUACCAUCUGCUACUUAUCUUUUGUAAGCCAAGACAAAUGUAGAGAAAAAGCUAAAAUAAGACGGAAAAAACUGAUAGAAUCUCAUCCACGUAAAGUAGGACUGAUAGACGAUGGAAGUAAGUACCAAAGUAAAUGUUCAGGCAAUAUGCCAGAUGUCGUGCCAAAGUUGAAACAUGGGUUCGAUGAGGAUGUGAUUUCUUGUGAUAAAUGUGUCGGUGACGACGUUGUUUGUGAAGAUUUGAACAUUUCACCGAUCACUCAAGCCAGUUGUGCAGACAGUCCACGUGCAAUGAGUAAUGCUAGUGGAAGCCCAAUUACACCUCAGAAUCUUGUUAAAGAUGAUGAAGCUAAAUUCCGUCCUUUUUCCACGCCCACAGAAGGGUUGGAAGAUAAUGAAUCGCCAGUUUGUACACCAUAUGGUGAUACAGCCGUGUUUAAUGAUUACCUUAAAACAAAGAGACAUAACUCUGUAAAAUUUGCACAAAAAGAAAAUAUAGAAGGUAGUUUUAUUGGAGAAGAUUAUAAGAAUUCAACCGGAAAUAAAAGUGAAAAAAUGAGAUAUGAACAAAAUGGAAUUGAAAGAAGCAGUUUAAGUUAUAGAGAAAAAAAUCAGCAAAAUUAUAAACGAGAAUAUGACCUUCCUGGGUUUCAUAAUUCACAUGAACGUGAAGAUAAUACAAUAAUAUCACAAGAAAGUUUUGUAAGUUCUUCAUCACAGUCAAGUUGUGAAACUGAGACGCAGACAAGAUGUAAAUAUUGUUGGUUGACCAGACAUAUAUCUUGUGAUGAAUGCCCUAUGAAUUGGAGUCAAGUUGUAAAAAUGGUUCAAGAUGUGGCAGAAAAUGGUGGUGGUAACCUUCAAAAAAGAAGUGUGCCUAAGGGAGUAAAAGGAAAGAAAGAGACAGAGAUUUCAAAACUGCGGCAAAUAGACCGUAGGAUGUGUAUAAUGUCACAGUUACCACAGUCACUUCCGUUGUCAUGCCCCGGACAGCACCUGCAUAAAAUGCAUGCUAAAAUGACGUAUGACGAUGGAAAAAACCCUCUGGAAGAUCCAACAACUUUUUCUCAAGGUCGGCUAAAAGUGCUUCUUAUAGAUGGUGUGAUUUACAGGAUUGUCCGCCUUCCCACAAUGAAAGUUGUUGAAGUUUACCCUGGCGAUGGUAGUGUUCUUAUCUCCCAAGGAAUGUCCGCUCACUUUUUUCUGCAUAUAAUACCACAUGGAGACAAGCUUGAACACAGGACAUACUCUAUAAAGUCCCCACCAUCUACUGACAAGGGAGGCUACUCUAUCAAGAGCUUGAUCAGUCGAGCCCACAGAUUUUUAGGCUAUGUGAGACAAGAAGAGACUGUGUUACCGGCAUCAGCUGGUCUCUGCUGUUGGAAGCACCAGGAAGUCGAUAUCUUGGAACCUAUGUCGACAACAGUGUUGGAUGAAUGUGAGAUAAAUGGUUACGGUAAAUUUACUGCUCUUUCUAAUGGACAAAUACGUAUAGCAUUCAAGGAUCGAACAUGCUUAGAUAUGAGUUACGAUUUCACUAGAAGAAUUCAACGUAGCUUAAAUUAUUCUGAGAAUAAUGUUACAUAUCCGGAAUCAUCCAGGAUGUUAGCUGAUAAAAAGUCAGGUACCUGUCGUUUGUUGUUACCUAACGGACAGUAUCAAAUGAUUGAUGUAAGUCAUCCUGGUGUCUAUAAAAGAUAUGUUGAUAUAGCAAAUGAAUGGGCAGAAUGGGUCAAUAGCUCUCCAUCUCAGAGACAACAAUUUUACAAGGCCAAGUCUGCCAGCAAUUACAAUAUGUCUGUUGAAAGAGAGCUACAGAAGAUUCAAUGUUUUAAUUAUAUCGUUGAUAAUUCUGUGCUGAAAAAGAUAGGAGCAGAUUCACAGUCUGGUGCUUUUAAACCUUACAAUACAACAGAUAACCAGUCUAGGCCGAGUAUAUUACGUAAUUCAGACACAUCGAGGUCAAAGGUGAGUGGACAAGCCAAUGACCGGACAGUUCAAAUCCAUUCACCGCCAUCUGACAAAUUUAGACCAACUGGAAGUGUAUCUUCACAUGUGAAUGUUUCUUCAAAUUUGAUAGGUUCGUUUAACAGGCCAAAAAAUGAAAGAAUUAAUCCUAUUGGCCAAUAUUCUAAACCGGCAAAGAAUGCAUGGUCGUCUAAUGAAUCGAGAUGCUCUGGUUUAGAAGGUUUUAAUUCAGUGAGAGAAGCUCUUUUAAGAACUUCAAGUGCUAUUAAAGACAUUGAUCAAAUUCUUGAAAAAAGAUGAUGUACUCUUUAAGAACUACAUGUAUAUACG